AAGGGAGAAACCUCGGACAAAGAAGGGGGCGGGGAAUGGAGUGGAAGCCCUGGUAGCUGAUACUCGCGACGGGGUGGGAGAGUCGGGGGUGGCGGGGGUUUAAAAUGGAGUACUAGAAGGUAGAGCCCUAGAUGGGGUUGGAGGGGUCGGGGAUGGUAGGGUCUCCGGAGGCACCCCAGAGUAUGGCAGAAACCGACAGUGUACUUUUCUAGUUGCCUGUUUUCACCACACUCUUGACGUCUAACGUAACGCGAGCUUCUCGCAGCCACGCGGUAUAUAGUCGUGGGCCCACGGUAUGGUUCUUCACCAGAGGUAUAAAAAGGAAUCUCUUUUCAAAAAAGAAAAAAUAGAGGAGCUUAGCCUAUGCUUUUUCCAGCUUUCAAGUCUCAAUGAAUCUGGAGAUGAUGAAUAUCAAGGGGACCAGUCAGACACAGAGGAUGAAGUGGACUCUGACUUUGACAUUGAUGAAGGGGAUGAACCAUCCAGUGAUGCAGAAGCAGAAGAGCCUAGAAGGAAGCGCCGAGUAGUCACCAAAGCAUAUAAGGAGCCUCUCAAGAGCUUGAGGCCUCGAAAGGUCAGCACUCCAGCUGGUAGCUCUCAGAAGGCCCGAGAAGAGAAAGCACUGCUGCCAUUAGAACUACAGGAUGAUGGCUCUGACAGUCGGAAGUCCAUGCGUCAGUCUACAGCUGAGCAUACAAGACAGACAUUUCUUCGGGUACAGGAGAGGCAGGGACAGUCACGGCGGCGAAAGGGGCCCCAUUGUGAGCGGCCACUGACCCAGGAGGAGCUGCUAAGAGAGGCCAAGAUCACAGAGGAGCUCAACUUACGUUCACUAGAGACCUAUGAGCGGCUUGAGGCUGACAAAAAGAAGCAGGUGCACAAGAAGCGGAAGUGCCCUGGGCCCAUAAUCACCUAUCAUUCGGUGACGGUGCCGCUCGUUGGGGAGCCAGGCCCUAAAGAAGAGAAUGUGGAUGUGGAAGGACUGGAUCCUGCUCCCACAGCUUCUGCACUGACUCCCCGUGCCGGCACUGGACCCAUCGUCCCUCCUGCUCGCUGCUCCCGUACCUUCAUCACUUUCAGUGAUGAUGCGACAUUCGAGGAAUGGUUUCCCCAAGGGCGGCCCCCAAAGGUCCCUGUUCGGGAGGUCUGCCCUGUGACCCAUCGCCCAGCUCUGUACCGGGACCCUGUCACAGACAUCCCCUACGCCACUGCUCGAGCCUUCAAGAUCAUCCGUGAGGCCUAUAAGAAGUACAUCACUGCCCACGGACUGCCGCCCACGGCCUCAGCGCUGGGCCCUGGCCCGCCACCUCCCGAGCCCCUCCCUGGCUCUGGGCCUCGAGCCUUGCGCCAGAAAAUUGUCAUCAAAUAAGGAGAGGAGUAGUCCUUAGAAACCUCUUUCCUGCCCUGACUUGGGGCUCUUAAUGUUCCCCUUCCUCUCCCUGGUUCUCCUCUUGGUCAUCUCUGACCUUUGCCUGGCCCUUUUCCAUCUUUCUUUCCCCCCAGUUCCUAUUGGUUUUAUUUGUGUUUUUUAAUCUAAUAAAAGAGAAAGAUCCCCUU